AAUCGACUCUGCUGUCCGGUCUGUCAGGAGGUCUUUAGAGAUCCUGUUGUUCUGUCAUGUAGCCACAGCUUCUGUAAAGACUGUCUGAAGAGAUGGUGGAGAGAGAAACCAACACCAGACUGUCCAGUUUGUAAGAGAAGAUCUUCAAAGGUAGAUCCACCCUGUAACCUGGUGUUAAAGAAGCUGUGUGAGUCCUUCUUACAGGAGAGAGAUCAGAGAUCUUCAGAGGCUCUCUGCAGUCUGCACUCUGAGAAACUCAAACUCUUCUGUCUGGACCAUCAGCAGCCAGUGUGUGUCGUCUGUCUACAUUCAGUAACACACAAAAACCACAGCUUCAGUCCCAUCGAUGAAGCUGCACAACAACACAAGAAGGAACUUCAGGAAACUCUGGAGUCCUUAAAGGAGAAGUUAGAGAGUUUAGAAAAAGUUAAAGUGAAGUUUGAUCAAACAGCAGAUCACAUUAAGGUCCAGGCCCGACACACAGAGAGGCAGAUUAAGGAGCAGUUUAAGAAGCUUCACCAGUUUCUAGAAGAGGAAGAGGAGGCCAGGAUGGCUGCACUGAGGGAGGAAGAGGAGCAGAAGAGUCAGAUGAUGAAGGAGAAGAUGGAGGCUCUGAGCAGAGAGAUAGCAGCUCUUUCACACACAGUCAGAGCCACAGAGGACGAGCUGAGAGCUGAAGACGUCUCAUUCCUCAACAACUACAAGGCUGCAGUGGAAAGAGUCCAGCAGCGCCCCCUGCUGGAGGAUCACCAGCUGCUCUCAGGAGCUCUGAUAGACCAGGCCAAACACCUGGGCAACCUGACCUUCAACAUCUGGAACAAGAUGAAGGACAUGGUCUCCUACAGUCCUGUGGUUCUGGACCCAAACACUGCUCAUCCAGAACUGAUCCUGUCUGAAGAUCUGACCAGUGUGAGUGAAGGAGAGAAACAGCAGCUUCCUGACAAUCCAGAGAGAUUUGAUUAUUACCACAUUGUCCUGGGCUCUGAGGGUUUUAACUCAGGGACUCACAGCUGGGAUGUCGAGGUUGGAGACAAUACAGUCUGGGAAGUGGGUGUGAUAGCAGAGUCUGUCCAGAGGAAGGGAGUCAUUCAGUCUGGAUUAUGGGGAAUAAGGUUCUAUGGAGGUAAAUACUCAGCAGUGUCACCAUCUGCUUCCGACACUGAUCUCUCAGUUCAGAAGAAGUUCCAGAGGAUCAGAGUGAAUCUGGACUGGAACAGAGGAAAGUUGUCGUUCUCUGAUCCUGAUACUAACACACACAUACACACCUUCACACACACUUUCACUGAGAAGAUGUUUCCAUACAUUGACACAUGGGAUAAACUCCCAGUAAAGAUGUUACCAGUGAAGGUCUCUGUAACAGUGGAACAGAUCAGUCAGAGAUAAAGAGGAUGCUCAGAUUCAUAAUGUUGUUUAUUUCUUUAAGGGAAAAAUCUGUGAAUUUUAAUAUGUUAAACUGUACCUGUCCUUCUGCUGUUUCAUUAUUUAUUGUCUUUAGUUCUCACUGUUUUUAACUCCAUUUUGAUGUAAUUUAGCAAUUUACUUUUUCUUUCUGUUUUUCUUUUUCAUUUGUUUAAGAUGGUUUUACUCAUAUUCUGAUCUUCAUAUUCGAUUUUCUAAUUAUUUUUCAAUAUUUUGACCCAGUUAGGAGUCAUGAAAACCAGCAAAUUGAUGGUGAUACGAAUAAAAGAAACCAUUUAUCGGUAACUGAGUGUUUGAUUAGCUAAUUAACGCUGAGAUUCAAAAAAAUAUUAAUAUGAAAUUCUAGUUCUUACUUUAAUGGCAGACAAUUAAAUGAAUUUUGACCUGUUUACUAUAUACAGCAAUGACCGAGCAUUACUUACAAAGUCAGGGAGCACAUCAUUAGGUAACUACAUUUAGUUAUGUGGUUACAGGCUACAGUGGGAAAAUCACCAUUUAAGACUGUUGGU